UUAACGAAUUCCGAUUGAGGAUUUUGAAUUGUUGAGCAUAGCAUCACACACAAUGUUCGGCGCCUUCAGAGCGACGAACUCGCUUUUCAGCGGUCUAUUAUGGAAAACUCCAUGGCGACUAUCUAAAUUCCAAAAAGCUCGACAACGAAGACGACUCCGAGGCAUCGAUUCGGUUAUAGCGACUGUAAAUAAUGCGCUGGCGAAGAAGGGUGAGACACUGAAGGCUCUUGAGGUAUGGAAGGAGACGAUGCCUACUGAGGCCGAGAUGCUGCCAAAAGAUAAAUACACCAUAUUCGACAGGAAAGAGAAGAGAUAUAGAAAGGGCAUUCAUAAACUACCGAAGUGGACCAGAGUGUCUCAAAGACUCAACCCGCCUGGAUAUUAAGCAUUUACGGAGUAUUUUCGAGAUAAAAACAACGAUGUGCCCAUGGCUACAAUCUCUUAUAUCCGUAGAAGGGCAAACAAGUGGGAAAUGCCCACAGUCCCAUCACGAUACGACGAUAUCGCACUACACAUCGAAUUCGGUCGAUUGUACAUUAUUGUACUUAGAUUAGAGAAGCAAAAGGGCCAUUUUCUCUGCAUAUACGCGGAAUGAAACAAUAAAAAACGAGCAAUUGACGAUCUUCAUCAUAAAU